GGUAACAUUUUAUACAUUUUCCAGGAACACAAUUAUGUACCUUAAGUACAAAAGCAGAAGGUCUGAGCAUACUAGCUCAGCGCUAAGUCAUUAUAUACAGUCAGUGAUGGACUUUAUUUUUCUGACAGUGUAUACAACAGACUGUAAGAGUGAUUACAGUGCUCAAGGGCACCUCGACGUAUUUGACAAGUGAAAUGCGGGGAGACACUCAGCACAACAAAACAUGGAAAGUGGCUCGACAGAACUCUGGAAACAUUACACGUGACAACGAUGACCUGAUACAGCCUGAAAUAAACCCGGUCAAUAACUACAAGCAAAGUGACUUGACAACGAGGCACACCGCAAAACACGAGUGGCUGGAGGGAGCUAAUUGGGUAGAGUGUAGGUGGAGACCAAAACCCAAUCAAGCGGACGACACGCGAGCACGUGACGCACACAGGAAUGAGACAAAGUCAAUCUAAUCAGAACCAAGACAACGGGAACAGAUCAUGACAGGUGCUGUCGAUUGUUGAGAUCGACACUUUCUUUUAAAUGAUUGCAGGCAGGCAGGCAGGCAGGCAGGCAGGCAGGCAGGCAGACAGACAGACAGCGAGUUUCCUCCGUGCCUUCGUGCAGGUCAGCAGCGAGGGGGUGGAGGCCCGUCCCUGGAACAGCCGUGCCUGCAGAGUCACUCACAUUCCUGGCUGGGAUUCAAUGACUGAGCCAGACACACAAACACAAAAGGGGAGGGGAGGGGGAGCGCGUGCGCGUGCGCGUGACCGAGAGACGCAGACUGCUGGGGAGGGAGAGAGAGAGAGAGAGAGAGAGAGAGAGAGAGAGAGAGAGAGCUCAUCUCCAUACAGUCAGUCAGUGAGUGAAGUGCGGGGGCCGACGGAGCGGUCCUCGAGAGCGGAAAGAACUGCUGAACUAGGAUUUCAAGCCAACCGAAAGCGAGUUUGUACAUCCCAAUCUUCGUUUGCUUUCGUCCUCGAUCCUUCUGCAGUUGUUCGCAAGGAACUUUUUGGAGCGGGGUCUUUGUGGACUUUAGAAAAGCCAGCCCCCAACACCCCCCCCCCCACCACCUUUUCUCCGACAUGGACAGUCCGAGAGCCGCUUGAGCGACUGACCGGUGUUCACUCACUCGUCACUGGCAUACAAGCGUGAACCACGGGGGCGGGGACUGUUUAUUAUUAUUGUUUUGUUUUUCUUAAAUUCCAACUAAAUGUUUGAUGAAGUGCUUGGAAGUUUUGGCAAAUUCUCCGACGGGGUGGAUUUAUCCGUUUCAGGCGCGACAAGACGCUCGUGGUCCCCGGUCGCCGUUCGCUGGUGAAGUUGCGGGGGAAACAUGGAGACUGUGAGUCGGCAGAGCUUCCAGCCUCAUCCGGGACUGCAGCAAACUCUCAAGCAGUUUCACCUCAGCUCUAUGAGCUCUCUCGGCGGGCCGGCCGCCUUCUCCGCCCGCUGGCAACAUGAGCUUCUCUUCAAGAAGGACGGGAAGGAGCCCGAGCCGGUCCUGCAGCAUCUGCCGCCGCAAGUGAUGCCCGGGCCGCUCUUCAUCCCGUCGGACCGCUCCACGGAGAGGUGCGAGACAGUCCUGGAAGGCGAGACCAUCUCGUGCUUCGUGGUCGGGGGGGAGAAGCGGCUGUGUCUCCCGCAGAUCCUCAACACGGUGCUGCGGGACUUCAGCCUGCAGCAGAUCAACUCGGUGUGCGACGAGCUGCACAUCUACUGCUCCCGGUGCACGGCCGACCAGCUGGAGAUCCUCAAAGUCAUGGGGAUCCUGCCCUUCUCGGCGCCCUCCUGCGGCCUCAUCACCAAGACGGACGCCGAGCGUCUGUGCAACGCGCUCAUCCACGGGGGCGCUUACCCCCCUCGCUGCAAGAAGGAGGCGAGCGGCGGAGCGGCGCUGGAGCUGGAGCUCACCGAGAGGAGCUUCAAAAUCUACCACGAGUGCUUCGGCAAGUGCAAGGGCUUGUUCGUGCCCGAGUUGUACACCAGCCCCAACGCAGCCUGCAUCCAGUGCAUGGACUGCAGACUCAUGUACCCCACGCACAAGUUCGUGGUGCACAGCCACAAGGCGCAGGAGAACAGGACUUGCCACUGGGGCUUCGACUCGGCCAACUGGAGAGCCUACGUCCUCCUCGGCCAGGAUUACGCGGGCAAGGAGGAGAAGAGCCGCCUGGAGCAGCUCCUGGACGAAAUCAAGGAGAAGUUUGAUUUCGCCAACAAGUAUAAGAGGAAAGCGUCAUACAGGGUAUCAGAUCCUGUUCCUAUCAAAAAGCCCAAACAUGAAGACAUCCCGACACAAUCCCCGGCUGCUGACAAGGAGAAGCAGCAUGACUGGCUUCAGUCCUUUUCCAACUCCAAUAAGAGUUUCAACUGCAUUCAGCCGAGACAGAGGCCAUCAGCUUUUAGACCCUGGUCGCCACACAUCUCAGCUGGCGAUAAGGAACUCCCCCCCAGCCACCCACUCGCUCUCCUAAGAGACAACUUCUACAACUACAAGAGCCUGGAGAAUGCUGUGGCUCCGAAUGUUGCUCUCACACCACUUCCACUGGGAAAAGUGGGUCCAAUGUCCCCGUCAGUGCCCAGCACGUCACAUCCAAGCACAGGGGAACCCCCAGGUGAGGGUGCCAAUGCCAGCUCUAGACCUCGCAAGAGAAGAGCCACAGAGGAGCGCCAGGUUCCAGCACCCGAGGGUGCCCGCUCCCUUACCUCUACUGGCAGCAAGCAGCCACCGCCCCAAGAUGACAAAGACUCUGAGGUGGAGAUUGAAGUUGAGAGCCGCGAUGAGUUCACAUCAUCUUUAUCCUCCCUGUCGUCACCAUCUUUCACUUCGUCCAGCUCAGCCAAGGACCUGAGUUCCCCCGGUGCCCUCUGCACAGUCACAACAGCUGAGGGCACUACCCCUGCAGCUGUUCCCAUUUCAGCCCCCGUGACCCCUCCAGAACUGGGGUUGGAGUCAGAGUUGGAAAGCCUGCGGCAGGCGCUGGACAAUGGGCUGGACUCCAAAGAGUCAAAGGAGAGGUUCUUGCACGAGAUAGUUAAGAUGAGGGUGAAGCAGGAGGAGAAGCUGGGAUCCGCCCUGCAAGCAAAACGCAGCCUUCAGCAGGAGCUGGAGUUCUUGCGGGUUGCAAAGAAAGAGAAGUUGCGGGAGGCGACUGAGGCCAAGCGCAAUUUGAGGAAGGAAAUAGAGCGCCUGCGAGCCGAGAGCGAGAAGAAGAUGAAGGAAGCCAACGAGUCGCGGAUCCGUCUGAAGCGGGAGCUCGAGCAGGCCCGACAGCUGAGGGUCUGCGAUAAAGGCUGCGAGGCCGGACGUCUGCGGGCAAAGUACUCUGCACAGAUCGAAGACCUCCAGAUGAAGCUGCAGCAUGCCGAGGCUGACCGUGAGCAGCUCAGAGCCGACUUACUGCACGAGCGGGAGGCCAGGGAGCACUUGGAGAAGGUGGUGAAGGACCUGCAGCAGCAACUUUGGCCCAAAUCCAGCAGCAGCGAAGACUUGACAGCCAAGGAGAAGGACAUGCCAUCAAAAAAGUAACCCGGUAGCCAAUCCCCUCAACUCCCUUCCAUCCCCACCUCCAGUGCAGAGAUCCCCUACAACCUCCCACACGGUCGAGACCACGAUACACACCAGUGUUCUUCACGAUUGCCCUUGAGUAUGCCGUAUAACAGCGGCCUGCGGGAUUUGGGUCCUCAUCCACAUCCGAGAAAAGCAAACGGUCAUCUGAAGAGAAAAAAAACGGUUGCACUGCUGCAACGAGGAAGCCUGUCACUGGAAAGCUGACUCUCACCUUCAUCCUUGCAGACAUGAAAAGUAGAUCACAAGAGCAGAAAUGUCGGUGUGCCUGUCUCUGAUAAGACAAGUUGGACAGUCUGUGGUGAGAAUGCUGAAAGGUGAUGGUAUGAUAUUCGUCAUAGAGCAGAAGCAUCCACGUUUGUCCCUCGGCGCAAUGAGGAUGGAACAUUUUGAAGACACGAUAAGCUACAUAGACUUUGUAAAGAAACACAUUCAAAUAAAUCUGAAGACGAACAAUACAAACAAACUAUCCACAUGUGCCGCCAUGUCUUUUUUUUUAAUGCUUGCUUUUAGGGGAGCCAUCGCAGCCAACACCCAGGAAAAAAAUGAAAAUUUCAUCUAGGAUUUCUUCAAGCAAUGAGCACAAUCUCUUGCAAAUUGAUGUCAUCGAAACUUGGAUUUUUUUUGAGGGGGAGGUGGGGAAACUGCUCCAGAAGUGAGCACUUGAUUCCGAAUUAAAAGUCUUCAUUAAAGUCCACCAUCAUUCUUUGUUCCAAUGUUGCUCACACUAAGUCCAAUGAACACGGGUCACCAUCCAUAUUUGCGUCGAAGCGUUUGGGUCAAAACCCAGCGGUGCCGAAUCUUCUAAAGAUACAAAAUUCCGCAUGUGAGCGUGGCCUUGUUUCCCUGAUCUCAGUCUACAGGAGUGAAGAGGCUGCCAUUUAUUUUACUUUUAAUUAAUCCGCAUAUAAUAGCUAUAUGACUGUAUGAGGCACCAUCGGCAAGAACCAGAAAUGUUCAUGUUAAUUAAAUUAAGGUAUGUAAAUAUAUAUAUUUUUCAGAGUUAAGGAAAAUGAAUGGCACUUUGUCCGAACAAAAAACUGUUUUUAUGCAUCGUACUUUCACUUUUGUCUUCUAUUUUGUUUUGGAAAACAUCAUCUUAUCCACCAACGCUACCGUAUAAAUCCAAUUAACAUUUUGUUGCUUAUAUUCAUUCUCUAUUAAAUAUUGUUCUGUUUACUUAAGGCAACGUAUUGUAAAUAAACCGAAAGGAAAAACAAGGCUCUAUCUGUUACUGCCUGAUGUAGUCUGGGAUUGAUGGAAACAAAUCGAGUUGGCUCAAACAUACGAACGGAUGACAAAUAAAAAGAGGGGAAGGUGAAUGAAGGGCGGCUAAUACAUGGUGACAAUUAGUUUUAGGUGUUUGAAAAUGAUGUCAUAGUUCGUGGCCUUCAAAGUCGCAAUAUCUCAUCGCUUGACUUUGAUGGGAUUUAUUGGAGAAUUUCCACCUUUGGAUAAGGAAAUCUAUUUUGAUAGAAGUAAUGCAAACAAUAUGGCAGCACUGCGUGGAUCCCUCCCUCCCCCACGCCCCCAUUAAUUUUUCCAGUAUGUAUAUAAAUGGGGGAUUUCUAAAAAAAAAAAAAAAAAGUCUGCACAAAGAAUCACUGUUGGAUUUUUUUUUUUUUACUAAACUAAAACAAACAAACAAAAAAAAAAGCGACAUUUGCCAGAAGAUGCCUACACAGUGGGUACAAUGCAAUCAGAAUGUACAUGAUGUUAACGCUAUUUUUUCCUGUGAUUGUUAAUGUUUUACAUGUGGAGAUGUAUUGUUGCUUGUCUCUUAUGUUCUCCCUUUUUUUUUUUGAAGAAGAAGAAAACUCAUAUUUUUCUUUAUGCAUGAAACUGAGAACGUUUGCCAUUCAUAUCGUCAAAUAUUGGGCAUUUACAGUAUACCGUUCAUAUAAGGGGUUUAUUGUGUUAUGCAAUUUGAAGCAAUUUGUCUUAUCCAAGAGGAGGAAAUGAUAACUAAAAGCAACAAGCUGUAUACAUACGUGCAUAAAACAAACAAGCAAAAUUAAAAAAAAGUAUAUAUAUAUAUAUAUAUAUAUAUAUAUAUAUAUAUAUAUAUAUCUCAAAUGCAAUGCUGGACAACCUCAAGUGCCUGACACUGGCGAAAGGUUUCCAGAAGAGGAAAAGCUGAAGAAGAAGCUGUUUAGAGGGAGACAACUACUUUAUUAAAAAAAAAUUAAAAAAUACAGAUAAAGUCUCUCCCUUACUCAGCAGCUCUCUUUAAAAAAGAAAUAAAUAAAAAAAAAUCAGCAAUCCAAGUACAACAAGUUUACGUUUCUUUUUCAACGCAGAGCGCAAUUUAACAAUCACGAUUAACACGUAAAGCUUUUUUUCCCAAGAGUGCGUGCUUUUUAUUCCUCAUUUGAAAUCAAUGACGUGCAUGCGCGAACACUUUUGUAGAUGACCUUUUGC